CCUCUGGACAUCCCUGACGGUCGAAGGGCCCCGUUACCUGCUCACUACCGUAGUAGUAGUACCCGAAGCAUCGACACUCAGACUCCGUCGGUCCAGGAGCGCAGCAGCAGCUGCAGCAGUCACUCACCGUGUGUCUCUCCCUUUUGCCCUCCUGAAUCUCAGGAUGGGAGCCCUUGCUCCACAGAAGAUUUACUCUAUGACCGUGAUAAAGACAGUGGGAGUAGCUCACCGUUGCCCAAGUAUGCCUCAUCUCCCAAACCAAACAACAGCUACAUGUUCAAACGAGAGCCCCCAGAGGGAUGUGAGCGAGUGAAGGUCUUUGAGGAAAUGUCGUCUCGUCAGCCUGUCUCAGCCCCUCUCUUUUCAUGUCCUGACAAAAACAAGGUUAAUUUCAUCCCAACCGGAUCAGCUUUCUGUCCUGUAAAACUUCUGGGCCCCCUCCUUCCCGCUUCCGACCUGACGCUGAAGAACUCUCCCAACUCGGGUCAAAGCGCAGCUUUGAGCGCCCUGACUGUCGAGCAGCUUUCCUCUCGGGUCUCCUUCUCCUCUCUGUCAGAUGACACCAGCACAAUGGACUCUCCCGAGGUCCCGGUACAGCAACCGUCCCCACCGCAGCCGCCGCUUUUGCAAGAACUCCAGACCGAAGACCAUCCCUCUCCUCAGAGCUACGUCUUCAUCUAGACCGAGGCGGAGCAGGCCUCUGCCCUGAGACGAGGAUCGAGGAGGUGAUCGUUCAGAUCCAUCCGCCUGAGGUGGGAACCUUUCAGAACGACACGGGAUACUUGGCAGCGCUCGGAAGAAUAUCCCAGACGCCGUUCUCGGCAGGGACAGAGUUCAUAUUCGGCAUUUUUUUUUUUUUGGUGAGAAAGCGGUGAUGCCUGCAGAACCCAUAAUAUCAUUGAGCGUUUUAAGUGGAGACUAUGCAUUUCAUAGUAUGUUUGACCAGAUUAGUACUGUGUCCUGUGUUCUGUUUCAGAUUCUACAGUAUAAAUAAGCUCUAUAUAUAUAUAAAAAAAAAAGUUGCCUGUCUGAAUAGAAAAUGUCUUGCUGUGUUGUGUCCUAUGGAAAAUACUGUACUUCAGGAUUAUGUUUACAAUUGAUCCAGGUGUUUGUUUCUAACUUCUGUAAUACACACAAUGCAAAAAAAAAAAAAAA